GGUUGUAUUCCCCCAUUUGGCUACCAGCUCUCUCUCAUCAAACAUUCCUUUCUAUCAACUCUUUCCAUCUCUUUCUCUCUGCCAAUCCAUCUCACAAUUUGGUUUGGUUCUUCUCAAAGUCCAAAGCUUUGUCUCUCCAAGCUCUCAUUUUGGGUUGGAGAAAGACCAUUCACUCUUCUUCUUCUUCUUCUUCUUCUUCUUGCUGGAAAGCUGGAAAGGGAGUUCAUUGCAAGGAUGACAGUGGAGGAGAGGAAGGGAGGAAACAUGGCGAGGGAAUUAGCCCAGAGAGACCAGUUUCCUGUUGGAAUGCGUGUCCUCGCCGUCGAUGAUGAUCCCACUUGUUUGAAGAUGCUGGAAGGCCUCCUCCGUAGAUGCCAGUAUCAUGUGACUAUAACUGGACAGGCGGUCAUGGCUUUGAAGCUGUUGAGGGAGAACAAGGACAAGUUUGAUCUGGUGAUCAGUGAUGUUCACAUGCCAGACAUGGAUGGAUUCAAGCUUUUGGAGCUUGUGGGACUAGAAAUGGACCUCCCUGUUAUUAUGAUGUCUGCGAAUGGUGAGACCUCGGCGGUGAUGAAGGGGAUAACGCAUGGUGCUUGCGACUAUCUGUUGAAGCCUGUUCGGUUAGAGGAGCUCAAGAACAUAUGGCAACAUGUUGUUCGGAGGAGGAAAAUUGAUCCCAAAGAUCACACUGGCUUUGAUAAUGCGGAUGACUGUGAGAAGAACAGUGUUGCAAAUGCUGAGAGUGGGCAGUGUGCUGUUUCCAGUGGAUCAUCUGAUCGAAAUGGAAGGAUUAACAGAAAGAGGAAGGAUCAGAGUGAAGAUGAUGAAGAUGAUCUUGAUGAGAACGGUAAUGAGAAUGAAGAUCCAUCCUCCCAAAAAAAGCCGAGAGUUGUUUGGUCUGUGGAGCUUCACCGUAAAUUUGUUGCUGCUGUUAAUCAGCUGGGCAUUGAAAAGGCUGUACCAAAGAGAAUACUUGAUUUGAUGAAUGUAGAAAGACUCACAAGAGAAAAUGUUGCCAGCCAUCUGCAGAAGUAUAGGCUCUACCUGAAAAGACUCAGUGCUGUGGCAAGCCAACAAGCUAACAUGGUUGCCGCUUUGGGAGGUAGAGACCCGUCUUAUCUACCGAUGGGUUCAUUGAAUGGAUUUGGAAACUAUCAUGCACUUGUGGGGUCUGGCCAGCUACCUGGUCUUACCACUUUCCAACCAAAUGGGAUUCUGAACAGACCAAACUAUACAACUGGAUUUGGACUGCGGAACCUUGCUCCAUCUGGGAUGGUUCAAUUUAGCCGUACUCAAAGCGAUGUAAGCAGUUCCCUUACUGAUCUUGGUAAGAUCCAAUGUGUUAAUCUUCCAGGAAAUCCACACGGGAAUGUGCUUCAAGGGAUGCCUGCAUCUUUGGGAUUAGACCAAUUGCAGCAGCAUAAGGUGUCACAGGAUGCAAAUAAAUGUAUUUCUGGUGGUUUUUCUGGUACUGGGCUGCCUGGUGUCAACUCCACCAACUCAUUCAUCACCGUAUCUAAUGCUCCGCUGUUAUUACAAUCUCAACAACAGCAUGCUCAGUCCAGUGCAGUCAGUAAUCAAUUUUCUAUAAAUGUCCCUUCCUUGAGCUCAGACCUAUUUGAUACAACUGUUGGAUCGUCACACUUGUGCGACAUCAGUAGAUGUAAUGAUACCUGGCAAGAUGCUGUUCCAUUAACCAGGCAUCCGAAUAAUAGUUCGUCUGUGGUUGCUCCCUUCAGCAAUGGUGGCUUAACUCAAAAUACUAUGGCAGAGAAUGUUACCUCGAUGGUGUCACAUAUGGAUGGAAAUCAUCAUGAUGCAUCUUCCAGCGGUGUUACUGCUGUACCUCUUCAUGAUUCGUUGGUCGGAACAGACAUGCAAUUCCAGGCAAGCACCCUUGGUGGUAACAUGAUGAUUACUUCAGCUGGUUCUCUUGAAGACUCCAAGUACUUGAACUUCAGAAGUCUAAGCAAACCUAAGCAAGAAUAUGAGAAUCAAAAUCUGGACCACACCCACAAACUCAACCUCCUCGCUGGAUCCCCCUUGAGCUCUUCAUUGCAGAAUCCUUCAGUUAUCAGUCUUCCUGAGAAUCAAAAUUUAAAUAACGAACUUUGUGGCGCGAAGACGAAAAUGAGUAUGAUUGAUCAGACAAAUCCUGGUGCUCUAUUUUUCCCACAAAACAGGAUUAGUAAGCCCGCUGCUGAUGUACUGCUUAAAGAAGAGUAUAUUUCGGACUUUUCUGGGCUUCAAGGAGGGUUUAGCACGAAAGAUUGCAUAUUGGAUGAUAUAGUGAAUGCUGCCAUGAAACCGGAUCGGGAUGAUUUUGCAUUAAUCGACGGUACCAUGAGAUGUGAAAUGUUUUCUCUUGAUGCUUGUUUCUGAAAAUCUUCGAUCCAAUGUUCCUUCAGGCAAUGCUGAGCAAUUAUCAACUUCUCGUGGAGUUUGUAUCAGUAUAUACUUAGCUUUUUAAUUCGAAGAAAGAAUGAAGUCUUGUUUCCUCUACUAGCUUUGUGAUCAUAUAUCUUCUCUAGAGUGAUUAAUGUGGAGUUUUAACUAAAAGUCUCAUUUGGGUUGUUCUCUUUUCUUAUUUCUUAUUUCCUUUUUCUUUUUAAAUUAACUUGGAAUUAUGGAUGUAACUGAGUGGAAUUAACAUCUGUUUUUCUUAGUAA